AUGAGCGACUACGGCGACGACUAUUCCGACGAUGGAGAGGAGUGGUUCUACGUCGAGGAAGAGUUCAUGGCGGCUGAUGACUUGGCAGAGCACGCUGUCGCUUCACCUCCGCCUACCACGUAUGCGGACGAAGAUGCUGCCGAGGACUGGGAUCGAUUUGACUAUUUCAACGACCUCGAAUAUGCGUCAGACGGCUACGAUGAUGCCGCAUUCCAGACCCACAGUCUCAAAGGCGCAAAGACAGGCGAGAAGAGGAAGCGCCACGUCAAGCCUACCGGCAGUAAGAAGAGGCAGCGUUCGCUGGGAGACACAGAGGCAUCGGCCUUGGGGAUGGCGCCUAUUGUUUGGCGCUCGCAGACUGAUCGAGGGCUACAGCCUAAGCUCCUAGGCGACGACGCUCAGACAUACACCGUGCUUCGAGAUUGGAGGAAGAAGCUCCGAGACACACCACUGUGGGCUCGUGGGCCAUCGCCGCAAUCACCACCCGUACAAGCUGCCCGAGAACCAGAAAGUAUAGCGGAAGGCACUAGCACUGUAGAACCCGCGUCGCCCCCUUGUGAAAUUGACGUCGAAGACGAAGGUGCACCCGAGGACGAGACCGACAUUGAUCCAGGGGCCCUCAUGGCUGUACUGCAGAGUCGACUCGCAGAAGCCGGUGGUCCACUGAGCGGUAUGGAUCCACAGCAGCUGCUAGACUUUGCCAUGAGAAUGGCCGCAGGCAAAGACGCAGGGGACGAUAUAGCAGGCGAAAUGGCUGAUGCUAUGCUCGAUCAUGGUGAGGCAGGUGACGAGGAAGAUUCCGCGGCAGAAGCAAAUCUACUCUCAUGGGUAGCCCAACAGCGCAACAGCGGUACGGAGCCUCCCGCGAGUGCACCCAGCUCAACGACCACGAUCCACAGCGUCAGGCAACCUCCAACACUCCCGAACGAGGAAACUGGUACACGCGCAUCGAGCAGGACCCUCAAGGCUAGCCAAACGGUGACGAAGAGUCGCCCACAAAACACAUCUGCUCUUAAGCGGAAGACAUGCGACGAUGACGAAGUGGAAGCUUCUACAAAACCCUCAAAGAAACGAGCAACACGGACGUUUGAUGCGCCAACGGCAGCAAGCCAAGCAAGGACAGCCCCACCGAAGAAUACGAAAGGUGGGCGGAAGAAGUAA